CACCUUUAAUCUGAUCAAGAAGUUAAACCGAAGAGAAGACAGUGGAGAGAUCUGCAACAAGAACUCUGUCUGUCUGUGUAAAUCCAGCAUGCUCUGUGGAAUUAAUGCUAAAGGUCCUAAAUGAGGAAAGGAAACAGCUCUAAAAUGCAUCACUGUGGGAAUGAAGAGGUGGACAGAGAGGAGAAGGAAGAGUGUGGAGCAGAACCCAGCUGUGUGUCAAUGAAGAGCGCUCAGUCCAUGCGCAAUCCCAUUGGUUUCGCUGAUGGAGCAGGAACUCCUGACCUCAGAUCUGUGGCAUCCUCUUCAUCCCAAUUUGAGACACACACUGUGCAGGCAAAAACAGACACAGUCCUGCAGACACAAACAUUUGAGACUGAAGGACUGCAGAGAGUCAAAGACCAGCAUAAAACCAGCAUGAAGAACAAGUAUGAGAGAUUACUUGAAGGAAACAAACUCCAAGAGAACCAAACCCUCCUGAACCGGAUCUACACCCAGCUGUACAUCAUAGAGGGAGAGAGUGAAGGAGUGAAUGAAGAACAUGAGGUUUUACAGAUGGAGAAAACAGCCAGAACAAAACACUCACAACACACUCCAAUCUACUGCAAUGACAUCUUUAAAGAGGAGAAAGAGCAAAUCAAGACUGUUCUUACUAAAGGCAUCGCUGGAAUCGGAAAAACCGUCUCUGUGCAGAAGUUCAUUCUGGACUGGGCCGAGGGAAAAGCCAAUCAGGAUGUAGAUUUCAUGUUUGUGCUUCCAUUUCGAGAGCUGAACUUGAUCAGAGAUCAUCAGUACAGUCUUCACAGACUUCUGCUGGACUUUCAUCCUGAACUUGAAGAUCUGGAGCCCAAGAUUUAUGAGGAGUGUAAAGUUGUGUUCAUCUAUGAUGGUCUGGAUGAAAGCAGAAUCACACUGAUGUUUUCAGACGCUCAGAAAGUUUGUGAUGUGACUGAGACUUCAUCAGUGGCUGUGUUGAUGUCAAAGCUGAUGAAAGGAGAGCUGCUUCCCUCUGCUCUCAUCUGGAUCACCUCCAGACCAGCAGCAGCCAAUCAGAUCCCUUCCAAAUACAUCAAGCGUCUGACAGAAAUUCAGGGAUUCACUGAGCCUCAGAAGGAGGAAUAUUUCAGGAAGAGAAUCAGUGAGCAGCAUCAAGCCAGCAGAAUCAUCUCACACAUCAGAAGAGCAAGAAGCCUCCACAUCAUGUGCCACAUACCCGUCUUCUGCUGGAUCUCAUCCACUGUGCUUCAGAAGCUCCUGGAAGAAGAUCUGAGUGCAGAAAUCCCUCAAACUCUGACUGAAAUGUACAUCCACUUCCUGCUGAUUCAGAUCAACAUGAGGAAUCAGAAGUAUGAAGAAAGAGAUCCAGAGAAACUCCUGCAGUCCAACAGAGAAGUGAUUGUCAAACUUGCUGAAGUGGCUUUCAAACAGCUGAUGAAGGGCAAUGUGAUGUUCUAUGAGGAGGACCUGAUUGAGAGCAGCAUAGACGUCUCUGAAGCCUCAGUGUAUUCUGGGAUUUGCACUGAGAUCUUUAAGGAGGAAUCUGUGAUUCAUCAGAGGAAAGUCUACAGCUUCAUCCAUCUGAGUGUUCAGGAGUUUCUCGCUGCUUUCUAUGUGUUUUACUACCAUGUGAACACAACUAUGGUGGUACUGAAGACAUUUGCUUCAUUGCAAAAAUUGCUUAAAGGUGCUGUAGAUGAUGCCAUUGAGAGUGAGAAUGGGCGUCUGGAUCUGUUCCUGCGGUUCCUGCUGGGCGUCUCACUGGAGUCCAAUCAGAGACUCUUACAGGAUCUACUGACACACACAGAGAAGAGCUCAGAGAGCAUCAGGAGAAGCACACAGUACAUUAAAGAGAAGAUCAGAGAUGGACAUGGACUCUCCACUGAAAGAUCCAUCAAUCUGUUCCUCUGUCUGCUGGAAGUGAAAGAUCAGACUCUGUCCAGAGAGAUUCAGGAGUUUGUGAAAUCAGACAAACAGUCAGAGAAGAAACUCUCUCCUGCUCACUGCUCAACAAUCGCCUACAUGCUUCAGAUGUCAGAGGAGGUGCUGGAUGAGCUGGAGCUCCAGAAAUACAACACAUCAGAUGAGGGCAGAAGAAGACUGAUACCAGCCGUCAGCAACUGCACAAGAGCUCUUCUUGCUGGCUGUAAUCUCUCUGUUCAGGAUUGUGAAAUUGUGUCGUCAGUUCUUCAAUCCUCAAACUGUGUCCUGAGAGAGCUGGACCUGAGUAACAAUGACCUGCAGGAUUCAGGAGUGAAGCUGCUCUCUGAUGGACUGAAGAGUCCAAACUGUCAGCUGGAGAGACUGAGGUGUGUAGUAAUAUCUGUCAGUGUCUAAUAUCUUAAGGAGUAUCAUAAGGUGAGUCAUGUUUGUUUGUAUCUGUUAUCUGGCUGUAUGGUGACAGAGGAAGGCUGUGGUUUUGUGUCUUCAGCUCUGAGUUCAAACCCCUCACACUUGAGAGAGCUGGAUCUGAGCUACAAUCACCCAGGACAAUCAGGAGUCCAGCUGCUCAAACACACACUGGAGGAUCCACACUACACACUGCAGAAACUCAAUUUGGAUCAUGGAGGACAUUUUAGGAUCAAACCUGGACUAAGAAAAUAUGCCUGUUCCCUCACACUGGAUCCAAACACAGCACACGUUCAAAUCCGACUGUCUGAUGGAAACAGAGAGGCCAGAAAUGUGAAAGACCCUCAGCCGUAUCCGGAUUAUCCAGAGAGAUUUGAGCAACAGGAGCAGGUUCUGUGUAAAGAGACUCUGACUGGACGCUGUUACUGGGAGGUGAAAUGGAGCGGCUCUGGUCAUAUAGGGGUGGCUUAUAAAGCGAUCGACAGGAAAAGUGGGCUUGACUCUUGGUUUGGACUCAAUGAAAACUCCUGGAGUCUGUACUGCUGUGAUACGAAUUACACAGUCUGGUACAACAACGAGAGCGCUGAUAUUAUUGCUCCUUCAGCUCGUAAUAAUAGAGUUGGUGUGUAUGUGGACGUGUCGUCCGGCUCUCUGUCCUUCUACACCGUCUCUGACGCAAACACACUCACACUCAUACACACAUUCAACACCACAUUCACUGAACCCCUCUAUACAGGAUUUGGGAUUUAUCCUGAGUCUUCAGUGACUCUGUGUCAGAUUUAACAAACACUUCAGAGGACAAAAGUUUCCAUCACAUUUCCAGCCUAAACAUUUCCAGGUCAUUGUAUUUCAUGUUAUUUAUAUUUCAAGGAAAUGUUGACACUAUUUUGAUCACUAAAAGAGCAAGAUACCGAAUUACAAGCUAAAGUCACAUUACAUUUGAUGAUGCUGUAAUAUAAAUCAGUAGAGUGAGAUAUACACUUGCAGUACAGAAAACUAGCUGAACAUUAAAAUUAGUCACAUUUCACAAUAUCAAGAUAAGUCAUUACUGUAAGAAAUGAAAUGAAUAAACCACUACCAAGCAUUUUUGUUUUUAAAAGAUGUCUAAUAGACGUCUAAACAUAGUCAUCUUGGCUAAAACAAGGCUACAUUUGGGCUGUCAGUGAAAAUCUAAUAGAUGUCUAAGAAUAGGCCACAACUAGACUCAACCCAGGCUCAUUCUGAAAACGUAGUCCCGUGGGCGUUUCUGGAGACCACGAAAUACGUAGCCGGGGGUACGUCCGGCUGCAUUUCAUUUUUUUAAGCGAACGCUGCGGGGCGGUGUGACGCCCUUCCUUUCGGCGCUUGCCGGCGGGCCUCUCGCCUCCGUGUGGAGGGCUUUCCUGCUGCAACCAGUUUGUCCGGUUAGCUCUUCGUGUACUUUGGCGGACUCGUGGUGCAGAGAGGGGCUGACCACGACGACGACCGGGUUUGAGUCUGGGGAAGAGCGGUUUCAGAAAUCAGGUAAGAAAACAAAAUCCAAAAAAUGAAGCGAACAAGUUCGUCACAGGGUGAGAAUGUGGUCAAAAUCCAAAAACGUGGUAAAAAACAGAGGAGGGCUUUUCUUUUUCUGGACGGCUUUUGUGAAUCGUCGUUGGUUGGGUUUAGGGACGGAGGAGGGUGGGUCAGCCGAUUGGCUGGUCGCACGGUCAAUCAUCCUGUCAUCCAGGCAGACAGGCGGAAGGCCGUUCGACAGCGGCCUCUAGCGGGUUUACGCGAGAACGGAGCGGGAAAUAGCGUGCACAGCGGCCUCUCGUGGAUUUGCGAAAACAAAAACUGCAAAAAUACGUACCUCCCAGGACGUAUUUUGCAGUCUCCAGAAACGUCCACGAGACUACGUUCUCAGAAUGAGCCUGGGUUGACUAGACUAGUCAUGAAAUAAACAGAAAUGAAUGACGACCCAUAUAAAGUCUGUCUAAUCCAGGGGUAGGGAACCUAUGGCUCGGGAGCCACAUGUGGCUCUUUGACCGAAAAUAUUUGGCUCUCCAGCUGUAAUAAUAUAAUAAAUUAUAAUUAUAUUUUAAAGUUUUAAAAAUUAUAAGUGUCACUAGAAAUCAGUUUCCUAUUAAAAACCCCUUUACAAUUCCCUUUAUAUUGUAUUUUCUACAGCAAAAUAAAUAAGAACUCAGUUUACAAUAAAAAGACGUUUCGACCAAUGCCCAUAUGUGGUUGAACUUGAAUCGCAACACCAAUAAAGGGCAAGCAACUUACAUUUCUAUAACCUCACACAUGUAAAUUUAAACAACAUUCAUGUGUGGCGAUGGCAAGAAGAAAAUCAUUUCUAAAUUGUGUUUUCUUCAUACAUUGUGAUGCGUCAUAUUUGUUUAUUUUUGAGUUGUGCAUGGACAUAAAUAAAGCUUUUGUUUCUAAAUAAAUAAAGGUUUUGUUAUACACACACACACCCCAAAUGGCUCUUAAAAAAAUGCAUUUGAUAAAAAAAAAUCAGAAAUAGCUCUUUGCUGAAAAAAGGUUCCUGACCACUGGAACCCCUGGUCUGCUUCAGAACGCAGCAGCACGAGUGGUCUUUGAUGAACCCAAAAGAGCACAUGUCACUCCGCUACUCACCCGUUUGCACUGGCUGCCAGUUGCUGCCCGCAUCAAAUUCAAAGCUCUGAUGUUUGCUUACAAAGUGACCUCUAGCUGUGCUCCUUCGUAUCUGCUCUCACUUCUGCAGAUAUAUGUGCCCUCCAGAAACUUGCGUUCUGUGAAUGAACGUCGCCUCGUGGUUCCAUCCCUAAGAGGGAAGAAAUCACUUUCCCGAACUCUCACAUUCAAUCUGCCCAGUUGGUGGAAUGAACUCCCUAACUACAUCAGAACAGCAGAGUCACUUGCUGUCUUCAAGAAACCACUAAAAACUCAACUGUUUAGUCUCCACUUUCCUUCCUAAUCUGUAACUGCCUCUCUGCCUAUACCACUAACUGUACUCUCUCUCUCUCAAAAAAAAAAAAAAAACGUACAUUACUAAUGCUUUGCUUCUUAGACUUUACACACCUGAAACUUGUCUAUAGCACUUGUUCAAUGCUGCUCUUAUAGUUGUGUAAAUUGCUUUCUUGUCCUCAUUUGUAAGUCGCUUUGGAUAAAAGCGUCUGCUAAAUGACUAAAUGUAAAUGUAAAUGGUCUAAUCUGUCUAUUUGAUGACUAGUCUAGCUUUGGGCUAUUCCUAGAUGUCUAUUAGAUUUUCACUGACAGCCCAAGUUUAGCCUUGUUUUAGCCAAGCUGUCUACGUUUAGCUGUCUAUAAGACGUCUAUUAAACACAACAUUGUUUCCUGGGUACAAGCUACUCAUAUUCACCAGCUAAACAUAAAGUACUCGCAUGUGAAGAUUCAGAUGUUAGACUUUCUGGGCUAUCAUUUAAUGCAUCAAUUUUUCCAUCAGAGCAAUGAAAGGCAAACAGUACAAGUGACAACAAAUGAUGUGACUGGUCAGAUCUUCUGUCUUAGCUCAUGUUUCUAAUGUUAUCUUUAUUUCAAGUGUAUAGUUUAUUGUUAAUUUACUCUUACAUGCAUUAUAUUUUAAUGAUAUGGCUCA